AUGUCGCCGUUCAUUGUCAGUUAUCUACUCCAUAUACCUUUUGCUUUAGCCAAAAUGAACUCUCAUCAUCAUCGUCACGAGUCACGAACCCUAGAGAAGGAGAUUGGCUGUGGUGGCUCAUCAGCACCUAAAGUUAACAACGAUCAGAGUAAAACCCUAGUUCGUUUUAAUUGCUCCUCUGUUUUAGAUUCAACAAUCUAUAGACUGUUUUCAUCUCUCGAAUCCAUCUCAACUUCCACGAAUCAACACUCAUUUAAAGUGAAUUACCUCAUAAAUUCAUGUGGGUCGAGUCCAGAAACUGCUAUUUCAGCUUCCAAAAAAAUCGAUUUCAAAACCCUAGAAAAACCAGAUUCAGUUCUCAAUUUGUUCGAGAACCAUGGAUUCAGCAAAACCCAGAUCUCAAAUGUCAUCAGAAAACGCCCAAAUUUUCUCUUAUUGGAUACCAAGAAAAUCUUUUUGCCUAAAUUCGAGUUCUUUUACUCCAAUGGCAUUUCACCCGAGCUCGCGAAAAUGCAAUCCGCUGAUCCAACUAUAUUGACAUAUAGCUUGAAGAACCAAAUCAUCCCAUCUUUCAAUUUGUUGAAGAAUUUUAUUCCUUCAGAUGACAAGUUUAUCGCUGCUUUUAAACGAUACCUACAGAUUGUUGGGCGUGAUCACAGUGCUAUUACAUUUCCAAACAUUGAAAUUUUUAGAGAACAUUGUGGAAUCGAAUAUUGUGUACUUAAUUACUUAUCACCUUAG